UGUCAAGAGCUACAAAAAGCACUCAUGGACGUACUGGGACGUACAGGAGCGUUAAAAGAAUACGAAAUUGGUGGCCGAUCGCGUCCACCUAGAAAACCCAGGAAAAGAGAAAAUCGCUCUUACAGUCAUAGUACUGUUGAUGAGUUCAGUGGAGACGAGGAUGUAAUUGUGAAUGGAUCUGAUAUGGAGAUUCCUCCUCGUAGCCCAGAAGAGCGCCUCGCUGAUGAGAGCGCUCUUAGUGAAGAGGGCAGAUGUGAGUCUGUUAGCCCGGCAGAGCUACGUAACCACUCAUCAAAACAGAUAACGGAGCGCUCUCUCUCGCCUUUGGAUGUACCAGAGACAGAUGCGGCUGUGAGAAGAAUUCUACAGAUUAUCACGGAUAUUAGUGUGAGUUAG